UUUCUAUAAACGUAGUCUUGCCGUCUGUCAGUUUCGUGACCAAGUAGAUCCACUUUCAUCUCUCGACUCUCGAAAGUGGUGCGGUUGCAGUGCCACUUGCCUACAAGAUUCUGGUUAACAAUGAAAGUCAUCGGAUCGAAGACGGACCCACCACUUGGUGCUGCUAUUGUUUGUGCCAAGGCUGGAAUCCCAGUUGAAUGGGGUAAAGAUACAAGUUUAGCCCUUAGUGAGACCUUUAGUGUUACAUCGUCUCACGGUAUAUCACGGCAUGUGGCACGAGUUAACCCUUCUCUGGACCUCUACCCAUCUCAUAUUCUUCAGAGGACUGAGGUUGAUCAUUGGUUGUCAGUGGCUUCAGGCCCUUUGACUUGUGGAGGAGAAUUAGGAGCAACCCUUGGUCAGUUGAAUAAAGCUUUAGCCCCUUCAACUGUAUUAGUGGGUAGCGGUGUGACAGUUGCUGACUAUGAAGUGUUUGCUGCUCUGUACAGGAAUGCAGCAUGGCAUGCUCUAUUAAGCAGCAGUAAAGCCCCUUCACAUGUAUUACGCUGGUACAAUUUUAUGGAAACUCAGGUUGCUGAUAUUUUGUCUGCUCUUCCUGGAGAUGUUCGUGCCAUGCUUAAACCAUCCGUUAAAUCAAGAGAUUCACCAGAAAAAGCUGCUAGUGGAGGUAAAAAGAUGGAAGAAGGCGGUAAAUUUGUUGAGCUUCCUGGCGCUAAGAUGGGUGAAGUUGUAGUGCGUUUCCCUCCUGAAGCAAGUGGCUACCUGCACAUUGGUCAUGCUAAAGCAGCCCUUCUCAACCAGUACUAUCAAGAGAAAUUUAAGGGUAGAUUGGUUAUGCGUUUUGAUGAUACAAAUCCUGCAAAAGAGAAUCUUGAAUUUGAGAAGGUAAUUUUGGAAGAUUUGAAGCUCUUGGAGGUAAAGCCUGAUAUCUUUACGCAUACAUCUGACCAUUUUGAUCUCAUGCUGGAGAAGUGUGAGAAGCUCAUUAGACAAGGUUUUGCUUACUGUGAUGAUACUGAUGCAGAAACCAUGAAGAAGGAGCGUGAAGAAAGGAAAGAGGGUAAGAAUUAUCACAACACGGUAGAGAAGAACCUCUCAAUGUGGGAAGAAAUGAAGAAAGGGACACCUUUUGGUCAAACAUGCUGUGUUCGUGCCAAGAUAGAUAUAAAGAGUGACAAUGGCUGUAUGAGGGAUCCUACUAUAUACCGUUGCAAGGAUGAGCCCCAUGUGAGGACAGGAACAAAAUAUAAGGUUUAUCCCACAUAUGAUUUUGCAUGCCCAAUAGUAGAUAGUAUAGAGGGUGUGACCCAUGCCUUAAGAACUACUGAAUAUCAUGAUCGAGAUGAUCAGUACUACUGGUUCAUUGAGAAAAUGGAGCUGAGAAGGUUACAUAUUUAUGAAUAUUCCAGGCUGAAUAUGAAUAACACAGUGUUGUCAAAGCGUAAACUGACAUGGUUUGUAGAUGAGGGACUUGUAGAUGGAUGGGAUGACCCAAGGUUUCCAACAGUUAGAGGUAUUCUGCGACGUGGCAUGACAGUAGAAGGGCUGAAAGAUUUUAUUGUCGCUCAAGGAUCCUCACGUUCAGUUGUUAACAUGGAGUGGGAUAAAAUCUGGUCAUUUAAUAAGAAAGUCAUUGAUCGUAUAGCACCACGCUUCACGGCACUCGAAGGCGACCUAAUCCCUGUUUGCAUAGCUGGUGCUAAGGAAGAAUCAACAACCGCCCAAAAACAUCCUAAAGACCCCUCCAUUGGAGAAAAGGUGGUGUGGCGUGCACCACGUGUCUUCAUUGAGGCGGUUGAUGCUGCAGAUUUGAAGGAAGGUGAAAAUGCUACUUUCAUUAACUGGGGUAAUAUUAUGAUUAGGAAAAUCAACAGAGUUAAUGGUAAAAUAGAAUCUGUUGAUGCAGAACCUAAUUUAGACAAUACUGAUUUUAAGAAAACUUUGAAAAUUACCUGGCUUGCUGAUACUGCUAAUGCCCCCUUUACCCCAGUUAUAUGUGUCUACUUUGACAAUCUUAUCAACAAAAGUGUUUUGGGCAAGGAUGAAAAUUUCAAAGAUUUUAUUGGUCAUAACACGAGGGCUGAAGUGAAAAUGGUAGGAGAUACACAACUGCAAAGUCUGGCUGAAGGAGACAUUAUCCAACUGCAAAGGAAGGGUUAUUUCCGUGUAGAUGAAGCUUACAAGCCAGUUGGGCUAAGCACAUGUAAGGAAAAACCCAUCAUUUUAUUCUCUGUUCCUGAUGGACAUCAAAAGGAAAGUCCCACAAGCAGCUCUGUUAAGAAGUUAGCGGGCAUGAGUGAUAAGGAAAAAGCAAAGAGUGCCCAAGGUAAGAAGGCUGAAAAAAGCCCUCAGGAUGAAGCUAAGCCUAUUGUAGGAUCUAGUAAUGCAGGACAAGAAUUGCUAGAUAAAAUAAAGGUACAAGGUGACAAAAUCCGCCAGCUGAAGAAUGAUAAAGCAGAUAAAAAUGUUGUAAUGGCUGAGGUAGAGGUACUGAAGCAACUGAAAAAGGACUUCCAAACAGCAACAGGAACUGAGUGGAAACCUGAUAUAGUGCUUCCUGCAUCAAAUGUGCCAAUUGAAACUACUGCUGCAACAAGUGGUGGAAGUAAGGUUGAAGAUAUUCAUUCAAAAAUUAAGGUGCAAGGAAAUAAAGUGCGAGACCUCAAGACUAACAAGGCAGAUAAAGACACUGUGAAACAACAAGUUGACAUCCUGUUGGAGUUGAAGAAGCAGUUUAAAGCUGUAACAAGUGUAGAAUGGAAACCUGAUAUUGAUAUUUCACAGUUUACAAAUUCACAGCAGUCCCCUGCUGCAUCUGGUGCAGUUGGAGGAGUAUCCCCUGGAAACAUAGUACAAGAAAUUCAUAAUAAGAUUAAGAAACAAGGUGAUGAAGUAAGAGCAUUGAAAGCUAGCAGUGCUGAUAAAGAUAUUGUGAAGAAAGCUGUAGAUGUCCUUCUAGACCUUAAGAAACAGUUCAAAGAUGCAGCAGGUGUUGACUGGAAACCAGAUAUUGACAUCACUCCAUUGUGCGAGUCAUCAAAACAAGGUGCAAAAUCAGUAGCUGGGACUUCACCUUUGGAUAUCCAUAACAAAAUCAAGAAGCAAGGGGAUGAGGUAAGAAGUCUCAAAGCAAGUAAAGCUGAUAAAGAGAUAAUUAAACAAGCGGUGGAUGCUCUUCUUGCUUUGAAAAAGGAGUUUAAAGAUUGUACCAAUGUAGAAUGGAAACCAGAUAUUGAUGUGUCACAAUUUUCAGAAUCUGCAAGUGUUCCAGCUGGAACUUCAGCUACAGCCACAGCAGGCAAUGCAGCGGUUAAAGCAAACUCUAAAGGGAGAGAUAAAAAAUCAAAGGAGAAAUCUCCUACAAAGGGAGAAGCAAAACAGGAUGAGGGUGGUGCUAAGAAGCAAACUAGGCUAGGACUAGAAGCUAAAAAGGAAGAAAAUCUGGCUGAUUGGUAUUCUCAGGUUAUCACUAAAGCUGAAAUGAUUGAGUACUACAAUGUUUCUGGUUGCUAUAUUCUGAGACCAUGGUCUUACUUUAUUUGGGAAUUUAUCAAGGAAUUUUUAGACAAGAAGAUUAAAAGUUUAGGUGUUGAAAAUGCUUAUUUCCCAAUAUUUGUUGCUCGGGAGGCCUUAGAAAAAGAAAAGACCCACAUUGCUGAUUUUUCACCUGAAGUUGCUUGGGUUACAAAGUCGGGUUCAAGUGACAUGGCUGAACCUGUUGCUAUUCGUCCUACUUCAGAAACUGUAAUGUAUCCAGCAGUUGCUAAGUGGGUUCAGUCUCAUAGGGAUUUACCUGUGAAAUUGAAUCAGUGGAAUAAUGUUGUUCGAUGGGAAUUCAAGCAGCCAACACCUUUCUUGAGAACUCGUGAAUUCUUGUGGCAAGAGGGUCAUUCAACCUUUGCCAAUAAACCAGAGGCAGAAGAAGAAGUAUACCAGAUUCUUGAUUUCUAUGAACAGGUUUAUGAAAAUCUUCUAGCUGUUCCUGUAGUCAAGGGACGAAAGACUGAAAAAGAAAAAUUUGCUGGUGGUGACUAUACAACAACAGUGGAGGCCUUUGUCUCUGCAAGUGGUCGAGGAAUCCAGGGUGCAACUUCUCACCACCUUGGUCAAAAUUUCUCCAAGAUGUUUGAUAUUGUAUUUGAAGACCCAGAAACCCAACAAAAGCAGUACUGCUACCAGAAUAGUUGGGGCCUAACUACUAGAACCAUUGGAGUCAUGGUCAUGGUACAUGGUGACAACAAGGGCUUGGUGUUGCCUCCACGUGUUGCCACAAUCCAGGCAGUAGUAUUACCUGUAGGAAUUACUGUAAAAACAUCAGAGCAAGAGAGAGCAGAUAUUUAUAAUGCCUGUAGUAAAUUAACAGAGGAGCUUAAAGCUUGUGGAGUCCGAGCACGUUGUGAUCUUCGAGACAAUGUGACACCUGCUUGGAAAUUCAAUCAUUGGGAAUUAAAAGGUGUUCCUCUGAGACUUGAACUUGGACCUCGUGAAGUAGCUGCAGGACAGGUGUUUGCAGUCAGGAGGGAUAGUGGAGAAAAGCAAGCUUUAAUUCAAAAGAAUGCUACAACCGAGAUACCAGCCCUCUUGAAUGUUAUCCACGACAGCAUGUUGGCAAAUGCACGCACUGAUCUGGAGAAACAUAAGGUUGUAGUGAAGGCAUGGAAAGAGUUUACUGAUAAUCUUGAUCAGGGUAAUAUUAUGCUGGCUCCUUUCUGUGGUCAUGAAGCUUGUGAGGAUGCCAUAAAGAAAGAUUCUGCACGUGAAGAGGCAGCUGAACCAGGAGCUCCUGCAAUGGGAGCCAAAGGUCUUUGCAUACCUUUUGUUCAGCCUGGAGAUGUCAAAGGUCUUUCCUGUAUUCAUCCAUCAUGCAGCACCAAGCCACAGUAUUAUACACUAUUUGGUCGUUCAUAUUAAACUGAUUCAACCUUCAAGAAUUUUGUGUUACAGCAUAGCAGUGUUGUGCUUAAUGUAUUUCUGAUUGUUUUUGUUAUUUGCCAUGUUGAAUAAAUAUCAGGAUGCAUAGUUACAGGAUCAGUUGGUUAUGAAGGGUUUAAAAUGGGGUUUAAAAUGGUAAAAGUUUUUAUAUAAUUUCAUACAUAGUAUUAUUUGUUUGUAAACUUUUGUAGUGGUCUGGUAUACAAAUAAAUAUUGUUUAUUUAAAUGUUUUUAUACAACUGAUUAUCAAUUUUAUAAAUUGGGUGAAUAGUAUUAUGCACUUGUUUGAUGCCAUAAGGUAACAAAUGUAUAACACAUGAAAGUGAAUUAUGAUGUAUCAAUAAAUUUUAUUUGUGCGA